AACCACCCAUAUACCUUUGACAACCUCCACUUUUAUAAAGUAAUGAAGAAUAUACUUUCCACUUUUAGCAUACCAAUCCGGAGGCGGGAGCCGUCCGUUACAGAUACGGUUUCCGAAACCAGCGGAAAAAAAGCACUCUUUCCGCCAAAAAAGAGCAGAGGAUCGAUAUCAAAGCUGCAACGGCCUGCUUCCAAUAAGCAGCCUUCCCUGGAUUCUUCGUCAUCCACCCCAAACAUCAUUCCCCGUUUGCAGAAAGGAAAGACACCCAAGCGGAAGUCAAGAAAAGGAUUGUACACUAAAACUCCUCAGCUUGCAACGUACACCGUAUCUCGUCCGGCGCCUCGCGAAGAUAGGCUGUUGGUAACCUUCGAUGACGAAAUCCAUACCCGGAAGCACCGGGAUGACCAAUUUUCCACCGUGGCAUCAAUCCACCACCUUGUGAACGACGAAGACUACCAUGGAAACGACACGAGUGUGCUGAAUGAUUACAAUUUUGAAAAGCAUUUCGCCAGUCAGGGGGUGGUGAACCUGUUGAACGGUAUAUCAGAUGUCUAUUUCUAUGAUUCAGCUCAGGAGUUUGACCAGGAUGACGAGGAAGAUGAUUACAAAGACAGAAAUAGCAACUACAGUAGCGAAGAUGACCUUGCGAGGGAAGAGAAAGAGGGUUGGUGGACCCCUGAAUGGAUUUGGGUGAAUCGCUGGUGGGAUUUUACCCUGAGGUAAGCCACAAGCACAGAUGUAUUGCAUCUAAGCUGGCUACUAUGUUAACGAUUAUGAUAUAAUGAAACCUAUACUUAUGCUAUUUAUUUUACAUAUGUUAACGACUUUACCUAUUUUACC